AUGGAUCAUGUCAAUCACACAGGGACCCAGAGUUUCAUCCUUGUGGGUUUUGCUACCACUGGAACCCUGCGACCUCUUGCUUUCUUGGGGACACUGUGCAUCUAUCUCCUCACCCUGGCAGGCAACUUGUUCAUCAUUGUCCUGGUGCGGGCAGAUUCGGGACUGUCCACGCCCAUGUACUUCUUCAUCAGUGUCCUCUCCUUCCUGGAACUCUGGUACGUCAGCACCACCGUGCCCACGCUGCUGCACACCUUGCUCCAUGGGCACUUGCCCAUCUCGUCAGCUGUGUGCUUUGUCCAGCUCUAUGUCUUCCAUUCCUUGGGCAUGACUGAGUGUUACCUGUUGGGUGUCAUGGCGCUGGACCGCUACCUCGCCAUCUGUCGCCCACUCCACUACCAUGCGCUCAUGAGCAGGCAGGUACGGUUAAGGCUGGCAGGGGCCACUUGGGUGGCUGGCUUCUCAGCUGCACUUGUGCCAGCCAGCCUCACAGCCACUCUGCCCUUCUGUUUGAAAGAGGUGGCCCAUUAUUUCUGUGACCUGGGACCACUAAUGAGGUUAGCAUGUGUGGACACAGGCUGGAAUGUCCAAGUCCAUAUUGUCGUGAUUGGCAUUAUCAACGCAUGCAAUCUUGUGCUCAUUUUAGGACUGUAUGGGGGCAUCCUGAGAGCUGUGCUGAAGCUGCCCUCAGCUGCCAGCUGUGCCAAGGCCUUUUCCACCUGCUCCUCCCACGUGACUGUAGUGGCACUAUUCUUUGGCUCUGCCUUCAUUGUCUACGUGGGGCCACCUAAGAGUCGACCUGAGGGCGCAGACAAGCUUAUUGCCCUAGUGUAUACUUUUCUUACUCCCUUUCUCAACCCCAUUAUUUACACUCUUCGUAACAAGGAAGUGAGGGAGGCUGUCAGGAGGGUCACACAAAGGAUUAGGGCUUUGUCAAAGGGAACCUGA